AUGAAGCAAGAAUCGCCUGACACAGAUACCGGAGCCCUUCUACCGAGACUAGGCGACAUUGUGAAACGUUCCCUUGGAAUUGAGGAUGAGGGAUAUACGAUUUCCAGAUUCUUGAUCGGACUCUAUGAUGCAUCUCAAGGAAGCAGCCUGAUGACCAGCAGCUUUGGGGAUUUCAAGAAGGAGGUGGUGAAUAACGGUGGAGACGAGUUUCCUGAUACGUUCCUUAAAAGUGUGUUUGAGACGAUUCGACUGCUGCGUCCAGAGAUCAAGGCGGAAACUGCCGUCAAACAGGAACCUCUGAUAAAACAAGAACCAUCCACGGACGAUCUACCGAAAGAAGAGCCGACGUCAGUCAAAACAGAGACUAAGGUGAAGGCAGAAAAAGAGAGCUUCCCCGGAUUGGCUCUUCCCGACAAGAAGAUCAAGAUCGAGGAGUCCAAUAUUCCAGAUACAGAUUUGCAACCAAAGCAAGAAGAACCCGUUCGAGUGGGCAACAUAUAUAAAGGCAUCGUCACCAACAUCACGGCAUUUGGAGCUUUUAUACGACUAGACAAUACCGGCGUUUCCGGCCUCUGUCAUGUUUCUAAGCUAGCCUACGAUGGACGCCGAGUACCAAAAGCUGAAAAUGCCGUUUCCAUGGGCCGAGAGGUCUUCGUCAAAGUGCUCGACAUUCAGGGUGGGAACGGUAGAAACAAGAAGAAGAUUUCGUUGUCGAUGGUGGGCAUUGACCAGUUGGUUGGUGUGGAUAGACUGAAAGAACUUGAGAACGAAGGCCGUGGAAGGUCUCGCCAAAAUCAGCCACCACCCAAGAAAAGAAGACUUACAUCGCCAGAAAGAUGGGAAAUUCGUCAGCUUAUAGCUUCUGGUGCUGCUCUGGCUGCCGACUAUCCAGAACUCAAUGGCACUACUGAAGAACAGGCAGACCAGGAACCAGAGGACGAUGAGGCAGUGGACAUUGUGUUGAAUACCAAUGAACCGACUUUUCUCAAGGGCCAAACGGGCGGUCAAACCGGUCUGGGUUUCAACCCCAUGAUGAUUUUGAAAAACCCAGAGGGAUCCAUGAAUAGAGCCGCUAUGAACGGGUCUAAGCUUGCCAAAGAGUUCAAAGAGGAGAAGGCCGAGAAGCAAAGAGAGCUUGAAAAAGAGAUGAGAAUGGCCCAGGACUCCAAUGACCCCUUGGCAGAAAUGAAGCGUGACGAGAUCAUCAAGCAGAAAGUCAUCUCAGAAUGGAGAAAAAGCCAACUGCAGCAACGGUCGGAUUUGAAAAAGCUACCGAAACUCUCCAUAAGAGAGCAGCGAGAAGGGUUGCCUGUUUUUGCCAUGCGUACUCAGCUCAUUGAGGCUAUCGAGCAGAAUCAGUUUUUGGUGAUUGUUGGUGAGACAGGUUCCGGUAAAACCACCCAGAUUGUCCAGUAUAUCUACGAGGAAGCGUUGAAUGUUGUGGGUGGUACAGAAAAAAUUAUCGGCUGUACACAACCAAGAAGAGUUGCUGCUGUUUCUGUUGCAAAGCGUGUGGCUGAAGAAGUUGGUUGUAAAGUUGGCGAGGAGGUGGGUUACUACAUUCGUUUUGAGGACAUUACUUCUCCGAAAACCAAAAUAAAGUAUAUGACAGACGGUAUGCUUCAAAGAGAGGCGUUGCUUGAUCCCAGCAUGCUGAAAUACCUGGUUAUCAUGUUGGACGAGGCUCACGAACGUACCAUAGCGACUGAUGUUUUAUUUGCGUUGUUGAAAAAGGCCGCUCGACAGAAUCCUAAUUUGAAGGUUAUUGUCACAUCGGCAACGCUUGACCUGGCAAAGUUUGCAUCGUUCUUCAACGAAUGUCCGGUGUUGAAAAUCCCCGGAAGAACCUACCCUGUCGAGACACUCUUCUCUCGAGAACCAGAGCCAGACUACCUAGCAGCAGCUCUUGAUUGUGUGAUGCAAAUUCAUGUUGCUGAGGCUGAGGGUGACAUUCUUGUUUUCCUCACCGGUCAGGAAGAAAUCGACGCCAGCUGUGAGGUGCUUUACAACAGAAUCAAAACUCUAGGGUCGGCAGUUCCUGAGCUCGUCAUUUUACCGGUUUACUCUGCAUUAUCCUCAGACAUGCAGCUGAAGAUUUUCGAACCAGCUCCACCAGGUGCUAGAAAAGUCGUUUUGGCAACCAACAUCGCCGAGACAUCCAUCACCAUCGACGGUAUUCGCUACGUCGUGGAUCCAGGCUACGUCAAGGUAAACGCAUAUGAUCCCAAAAUGGGAAUGGACACAUUGGUGGUAUCACCGAUUUCACAGGCACAAGCAAAUCAGAGAUCCGGUCGUGCUGGACGUACCGGUCCUGGAAAGUGUUACCGUCUAUACACUGAACAGGCGUUCAAAACGGAAAUGCUUCCAAAUUCGAUUCCGGAAAUCCAGCGUCAGAACCUCUCGCUCACCAUCUUGAUGCUCAAGGCGAUGGGGAUCAACGACCUUCUCAACUUUGAGUUUAUGGAUCCACCACCUGCCCAAACUCUAGUGAAUGCAUUGCACGAUCUAUACAAUCUCGAUGCACUUGACGAAGAAGGCUACCUCACGCCUUUUGGCAGAAAAAUGUCCGAGUUUCCUAUGGAGCCUGCUCUUGCCAAAACGUUGAUCGAGUCUACGGAGUUAGGAUGUGUGGAAGAGGUUCUCACCAUUGUGGCCAUGCUUUCGGUCCAAUCUGUGUUCAACAGACCAAAGGACAAACAAGCUGCAGCUGAUCAAAAGAAACAACGGUUCCAUUCGGUCUAUGGCGACCACAUUACCCUUCUAAACGUCUACAGAGCCUGGGACCUCAAUGGCCGUUCAGCAGGCUGGUGCAAAUACAAUUACAUUCACGAACGAAGCAUGAGAAGAGCACUUGAUGUCCGCAAGCAGCUUGGCCAAAUCAUGAAGAGAUUCAGAAUCCCUAUUGACAGUUGUGGGUCAGAUACUAUAGCCGUACGCAAGGCCUUCUGUUCUGGCUUUUUCCGGAAUUCCGCCAAAAGAGACCCCCACGAAGGCAUCUACAAUACUUUAGUUGACCAAACUCCCGUGAGCAUGCACCCGCUGCUGGCGCUUUUCGGAAAAUCUACAGAGUAUGUCAUCUACCACACUGUGCUCCUCACCACCAAAGAGUACAUGCACUGUGUUAGUGCCAUUGACCCUCGGUGGCUUCUCGAGUUGGCGCCUCGUUUCUUCAAAAAGGGUGAUCACACCUCGAGGAAAAACGAAAAAAUCGUACCUCUAUACAACCGUUUUGCAGAAAACCAGGAUGCCUGGAGACUCACCUCUCAGAUUGAAGCUAAAAAGCGCGCUUUGGAGCAGCUCAACCAGUGA